GAACGAGGAAGAGGCAAAAGGAAAAGAAAGGCGGGGGGGGGGGCAGGCUUAUUCAGUCCACACUCUGCCCGGUUGUGGGUUCAGGAGCUCGAGUCCUUCCUUUUCAGUGCCUGCCUGUUCUGAUCUGACUCAGGCACGGGAAGGGAAGAAGUGGGAAGUGGCAGCCAGCUGGCGGGAAGGAAGGAGAGAAAGAGAACCGCUGCCGUCGCCACCAGCCUUUUUCUCCACCCCUGCCGUCGCGGCCCAGUAGGAGGGACCCAGAGGAACCAGUCAGGGCCCAUUCCUGGGUAGGGGUAGGCUUGCUACCACAGCCCAGCCAUGGCCACCAAGGCUCGGGUUAUGUAUGAUUUUGCUGCUGAACCUGGAAACAAUGAGUUAACAGUUAAUGAAGGAGAAAUCAUCACAAUUACCAAUCCGGAUGUUGGUGGAGGCUGGCUGGAAGGUAAAAACAGCGUAGGAGAACGAGGACUAGUUCCAACAGAUUACGUUGAAAUUCUACAUGAAGGUGCCAAAGAUGGAAUAUCAGUAGCUGACCAAGCCUUUUUUGACUGUCUCUCCUCAACUACUGCACAGAUUAACUCACAGGUUGCCAAAAACAGUAGCCAAGCUAGCAGUGCAAAUGACCCCUGGUCAAGUUGGGACAAUGCAACAACUGGUGAUGGCUGGGCAAUGAAACCUGAAACUAAGCAAAAAAACAGUUCUUCCAACAACUGGGAUCCAGCAGCAUUUGGUCAUCCACAGGCUUAUCAAGGUCCAGCAGCUGCAGACGAUGAUGACUGGGAUGAUGACUGGGAUGACCCUAAAUCUACACCUGCUUCCUACCUUGGUUAUAAAGACACAGAGACUUCAGACCCAGCAGGGCUUCAGCGUGGGAAUAGUCGUGGAGCUGCUAUGAAAAUACCACUUAACAAAUUUCCUGGAUUUGCAAAACCUGGAGUGGAACAGUAUCUGUUGGCAAAGCAGCUAGUAAAACCCAAAGAGAAAAUUCCUAUAAUUAUUGGAGAUUAUGGUCCAAUGUGGAUUUAUCCUACCUCUUCGUUUGACUGUGUUGUGGCUGAUCCCAAAAAAGGUUCUAAAAUGUACGGACUCAAGAGCUACAUAGAAUAUCAGCUUACAUGUACAAACACUAAUCGAUCUGUCAACCACAGAUAUAAACACUUUGACUGGCUAUAUGAGCGUCUUUUGAUUAAGUUUGGAUCAGCCAUUCCAAUUCCUUCUCUUCCAGACAAACAAGUUACAGGGCGUUUUGAAGAAGAAUUCAUUAAAAUGCGUAUGGAGAGGCUACAAGCUUGGAUGACCAGGAUGUGUCGCCAUCCAGUUAUUUCUGAAAGUGAAGUUUUUCAACAGUUCCUUAAUUUCCGUGAUGAAAAAGAAUGGAAAACAGGUAAAAGGAAAGCAGAAAAAGAUGAGAUUGUUGCUGUUAUGGUCUUUUCUACUAUGGAACCAGAAGCUCCUGACUUGGAUAUGAUAGAAAUUGAACAGAAAUGCGAUGCAGUUGGCAGGUUCACAAAAGCCAUGGAUGAUGGAGUUAAGGAGCUACUGACAGUUGGGCAUGAACACUGGAAACGUUGUACAGGACCAUUACCCAAGGAAUAUCAGAAAAUAGGAAAAGCUUUACAGAGUUUAGCACUGGUCUUCAGUACCAGUGGUUAUCAAGGAGAAUCUGACCUCAAUGAUGCAAUAACAGAAGCUGGAAAAACGUAUGAGGAAAUUGCCAGUCUUGUGGCAGAACAGCCAAAGAAAGAUCUUCAUUUUCUGAUGGAGACCAAUCAUGAAUACAAAGGAUUUCUUGGCUGCUUCCCAGAUAUCAUAGGUGCUCACAAGGGAGCCAUAGAAAAAGUGAAAGAAAGUGAUAAACUAGUUGCUACGAGUAAAAUUACACCACAGGACAAGCAAAAUAUGCUGAAGCGUGUAAGCACCAUGUCUUAUGCACUGCAAGCUGAGAUGAAUCACUUUCACAGUAACCGGAUUUAUGAUUACAAUAGUGUGAUCCGCUUAUAUCUGGAGCAGCAGGCACAGUUCUAUGAAACGAUUGCAGAAAAGCUGAGGCAGGCACUCAGCCGCUUUCCAGUAAUGUAAAUACAGAGAAGAAUAAUGAAGAACAACUCCAAAGUGCUUUUCAGGGGAGGAGGGGAUGUGAAUGUUUUAUAAAUGUAGUACAUCUUUGCCAUCCAAAAAAACCUUUGUAAAAUAUGAGAUGCAAAAAAAGUGAAAACUUCAGAUGUAUACUUUGUUCGCCUAAAUGCCUUGGAUAUUUAUGUCUGUUUUUAUUUUGAAUGCUGUCCCAAAUUAUCAGUUACCUAAGCAAAACCAGAAAGUUCAUUACAUACUUGGGAUUUAAAUUGUCAAAUGGUUUGUUGCCAAGGGUUAGAAAGCUUCAUAUUUUCAAAUGCUUUAGAGUUAUUCAUUGAUCCCCAAAUAGAUAGUCCUUAAGAGAAAAAGAAAAAUUCAGAAUAAGAGACUGUAAAUUCUGAUACCCUUAUCCUAUAGCUUUUUGGUAUCUCAGUAGAUUCUUUAAUUAAAUGUCUGGUGUUGAGAGCAAAGGUUCCUCUCUUCGUUGGUAUAGGUAUGGCAUAGUCUCAGUAAUAACACUGCUGACGCACACUUUCCCCAGUGUUUUUCAAUAUCCUGGGGGUUUUGUACCACAGAUGCCUCAGACUUGAAGGCUAGAUAAUUUUCCUUCCUGGCUAUAAGAAGAAGAGAGUUUAACCUGGAGAAAGCCAAACAUCUGGAAGGUAUUUUCCAUCUCUUCAUGAACAUGCACUUGUGCUGCUUCCAAAUAGAAACCAGUCCCAUGCAUUGGGGGCCUUUCUUCCCUUCAGCAUGCACUAUAGCAGUAAUGACCAUCACAUGGUGGAAAAUCUCCAAAUCACUGCAGUCCUUUUGAUCCUCAUAUGAUUGCAUGAUGUGAUAGUGUAUUUUGACUUUGCUUUUAAUCCCAACAUAGUUAAGUCUACCUUCCAGAGGAAAAUUGAAAACUGUCUUUCAGUUGUUGAGCACAAUGUGAGUUUACAUAGGAAAAAAACGCUUUCAGAAUAGAAUGAAAUGUUGUGGAAGGGUAUAAAUGCAUCCUUUUUGUUUGUGUGUACGUUGACAAUAGGCCUGUGACGGCCUGAUCUAUAGGAAAAUCGGCUAAACUGUAGGAGCAUUGCCAGAAACAGACCAUAGUGCCAAAUGCAUUGUUCACGAGAAUAAAUUCAUGUGAAGGAAAGCAAUUGAAAGAAUAUAUUAUUUUACCCAUCAAGCCAUUUUAACUGAUGGGUGCAUUCUGCAAGUUCUGUUAUUUUUAUGCCUCUGUCAUUUAUAUGUUUAGUUAUAUUUUUAGAAUAACAGAAAAUCUGGGUUUGCAGAGGUAAUAUGAAGUCCCACCCUAAAAACACCGGCAAUCCCAGAAUGUAAAUGUCAUAUACAUCAGAAGGGCUCAGACAUUCUUCAAUGUCACAUUUUUUAUAUUUGUCUACAUGCUUUUCUUCUUAAUUUAGCUUGUCUUCCAAAAUUCCAUAAAGUGUUAUAAUACAGCCAUUGAAAUAUAUGUACAAAUUGUAAAGAAUGUAUAAAUGUUUUCUGCCAAAUGUAAUAAGAUCUAUCUUGCAUGUAGAAGCAAUUUAUUAAAUUGUUGGAAAGUGUAUUGUAAAUUCUAAAGCACUUUUUCAUAGCACAUUUUUUUCAGCAUUUGUAUAUUCACUUUUUUGUGUCAAAAUCUUUGUAACUGGUUUUUCAAGGAUACCUUUUUACCAAAAUUUGCAUUAAUCCCAGUACCCUAGAAGUUACAGAAUCAGCAUCUUUGACAAACUAUUUGGUAAUAAAAAGAGGUUUGGUUUCACUGUGGAAAAGCCAUAUGUAUGGAAAGAUCACUUAGAACAAGCAGGUCUGUAACUUUACAGCAAAUUAAUUCCUUAAAUUGAUAAUAAAUAUUUAUACUUA